AUGGCGUCCAAGCGGUCGGCGGCCCACGCGCCAGGCCGAUUCGCUAAGGCAGCACGGAUACCCAAAGACCCAAGAAUUCCUAUUGGAGCCGACCCGACACGUAGUAUAUACUAUGACCCUGUAUUUAACCCGUAUGGGGCCCCACCCCCUGGUAUGCCUUACAAAGAACGACCCCGUACGCCUACAGCCGAAGAAGAACGUGCUAAGAAAAAGGCCGAUCUACCUCCGCCACGUAAAGCCCCAUCCCCUACUGAGGAAAGUCCUGAUGAUGAUGACGAUGACGAUGACGAGAUUGUCAUGCCGGCAGGUCCACCUCCACCGCAAGCGCACCUACGUCAGCGCAAAACACCAUCGCACACAACGUCACAAGCAUCUACGAUAGCAGCGCCAGUCCGCUACGAUACGCCACCGCCCGCACCGACUGAGUCUGCGUGGGACCCCUCCAACGAACCUGUCUUUGACCCUGACAACGAUGCGAACAAUACAGCGCCAGGCGUAACAGAGCCAGCUUCUUUAUCAGCUGCGCCCCAACUACGAGACUUUCAAAAGGAGACCACGAUAUUUGUACCGAUGUCGGUUCGACGGCGCCGCGAGCCACCACGGUCGUCCCAGCGUGAUUCCACGUAG